AUGGGCAGAGAAGAACAAACAGAAGAGCGCGAAGUCCUCGACUCCAUCUUCCCCGACGAAAUCACCGACAUCUCCGAAACCGAAUACCGCGUAUCCAUCCUCCUCGAAGUAACCGAAGAUGACGACUCCACCACCGAACCCCCAACUCUCAUCCUCUCAGUCUCAUACCCCGAAGACUACCCAGACGUCGCUCCACGACUAGACCUCUCAGCCCCACCAAACGCUCCCAAACACAAACACCUCGAUAUCCAAGAUGACAAGACAAAACUGCUAGAUGGCUUGACCGAGACGAUCGAGGAGAACCUGGGCAUGGCUAUGAUCUUCACCCUCGUCACCACCCUAAAAGACGAAGCCGAGUCCCUGAUCCUGCAACGCCAACAAGCAGUCCAAGCAGAAAAGGACGCCGCCAUCGCCGAAGCAGAAGCAGAAGAAAACAGGAAAUUCGAAGGCACAAAAGUCACCAUCGAGACAUAUCUGGAUUGGAGCAGAAGGUUCAAAGAGGAAAUGGCAGAGGCAAAGAAAAAGGCAGAGGAACAGAGGGAGGCUGAGGAAAAGAAGAAAAAGGGUGCAAAGGAAGAGAAGAAGAUGACGGGGAGAGAGCUCUGGGAGAGUGGGAUUGCGACUAGGGCGUUUGUUGACGAAGACGAUGAUGGUGCUGAUGCGCUCGAGGCCAUGAAGAAACUCAAGGUCGAGGCGUGA